CUUCAAGUACGUCAUGCUAAGGAAGUGAGGACGUGCCGAAACAGUGGCGUGUGGUCCCUAAGUAUACCUGGCUCUAACGCAAAUAAACUGUACCAAAAAAAAAAAACGAAAGUGGAUGUCAGUCUUCCUUAUUACAUUUAGAUAACUGACACUUUGACAACCUGCGGUCUGACAAUGGGAGCGAACAACAGUACUCGUCGCGUGUCAUUUGAGUCAGAUGAGAACGAGAAUAUAACUGUGGUGAAGGGCAUACGGCUUUCUGAGAAUGUCAUCAACCGCAUGAGGGAACCUGAAGUUCCUCCUAAACAUCAACACGCUCCCUCUCCGCCACCUUCCAUGGCGCCUACCCUCACUCCUUCUCCUCUCCCGUGGCCAGUGCCUUCCCCCUUUGACCCAAUCACCUCCUUGCCUCCUCCGCCUCCUCUUUUAGAACCUGUUGCACCUUCAGCUCCUCCUCCAACAGCUCCAUCUGCCACAGAGACUGUGGCUGCACCUCCACCACCUCCUCCUCAACCACCUACAGAACAGGUAGCUGCACCCACCAUAAUUGACAUGGUGCUCCCAUCCUCAUCACCCCCAGCUGCUGUUGAUGCUGUCGCUGCUCCUGCUUUUGAGCCUGUGGCGGCACCUCCUCCUCCUGCUCCUGCUAUUGUUGAGCCAGUAAUUUUGCCUACAUCUCUCCCCCCUCCUGCUCCCAUUGUUCCCCUAAUUCCUGUUCCCUGCGCUGCUCCUCCUCCCCCUGUAAUUGAACCAUCGCCUCCUCCCAUAAAUCAGUCUAUUGCUUCCUCUCCUCCAGUAAUUGAACCCAUUGCUGCUCCACAUGUGAUUGAACCCAUUGCUCCUUCAUCUGUAGCUGAACACAUACCACCUCCUCUUCCUGUCAAGAUUGAACCCAUCAUUGCUCCCCUUCUUCCCGAAUCGGAACCCCUCUCUUCCCCUCCUGUUUUCGAGCCUGUCACCAUCCUGCCACCACCCCUGCAUCCUUCAGGGGACGCUUUGCCCCCUCAGCCUGCUAAGCCAUUUGCUGCACCUCCCCUACCUGAGUUUACUGCUUCUUGUGAACCAGUUGCACCUCCUCCUCAGCCCCCAAUAUCUCCUGCUCCUGUCCUUGAGCCCGUGGUAGUGCCUGAGUCGAGUUCGGUCCCACCACCUCCUGGUGCAUCAGCCGUUGAUGAAGAGGACCUGAGGAAGAAGAUCACUGAUGAGCUGUAUAAAGGCUUGGAGCAGGAGAGGGCGAAGGCGGAGCAAGAGCUGCAAGCCUGGCUGGAAGCAGAGAAGGCCAGGGUAGCAGCCCAGGCUCAAUCUGAGGCCCAGUCCCAGAUCCAGGAUGACGUGUCCAGGAUCCUGUCUGUGGAGCGGGCCGUGGCCCAGGAGAGCCUCCAGCAGGCUGUAAUAAGAGAGAGGAUCGCCACAGAGGAUGAGAGGCGCCGCGCUCAACUCUUUGAAAUUGGACGGAAGGCCAAGCAGCUAGAGGCCAGAGAAGCAGACCUAAAGAAGCAGGAUGCUUUCUACAGAGAGCAGGUGGCCCGGCUGGAGGAGAGGAGUGCUCAGUUCUACAAGGUCACCACAGAGAACUACCACAAAGCUGCCGACCAAGUGAAUGCCAAGUUCAAGCGGUAUGAGAUGUAUCCUGUGUGUGCAGACUUGCAGGGCCAGAUCCUUGCAUGCUACAGAGAGAAUGUUGGAAAAACCCUUCACUGCUCCAACAUAGCAGCCCUUUACCUACAGUGUGUCAACAACAACAAACAGAACAAGUUGAGGGCCGGGAGUUAAGGAAGAGAGAGAAAGAAAAAGGGAGCAAUGAAGAGUUUAUGGUGGGAUUACUUAUUAUCGACCGACUGACAGACAGACCAAACUGGAGUGGAGGAAGUGAGGAAUGAGUCAGCACCAAGACACACACCCUCAAAACCCUGUGGUGAACCGAACCAAACCAGACUAGAUGCACCGAACACAGCAGCCUGAGAGAGAAAUAAGACGAGACGAGAUGUUUUCCCCAUGAUACUUAUCGCCUUCCCCACCUCUCUUACCUUUUGUCUAUCUCUCCUGUGAGUAUGUAGGGAGGCAGUGACACUGUCUGCUGUUUUGAAGAGACAGCAGGGACCAACAGGACCCAGCAGGUCUGAGCUUGACCCACUAGAAGGACAGUAAAAAUUAACUGGAACAACCUCUAGAAAGCAAGCCACCUCUGUCACAGGCCACUUGGACCCAUCCCCUCUCACUCCAGCACCGUUAGGAAAAUAAAAGUCUAUUUUUACGAAUAAAAGUCAGUCCUAUUUUGUUGUCCAUAAUUCACUGUUUUCCUGCUCCUAAUGCACUAUCCUGUACACAAAUACACAUGUACGCAUCUGUUUCCUCUUUGCAUCUGUUCUUGUGAGUUUGUGUUAUGUUAAUAAUGUCAUGAUCUGCAUGUUGAGUAUUCACCCAGACCAACACUUGUGACAAUGUCUGAUCAGAGGAAAUAAAAGACGAAACGAUG